AGUGAGGGAAGGGCAAGGAAAGAUCCAAAUAGCAAGAAUGGUAAUAGAAAUAUCAGAGUAGAAAAACAUGAAUCCUUUAAUGACUCAAGUGCCAGGAGACAGUUGGAUCUCAGUGAAAUGGAAGUAAUUGACAUCAACAGCCCCAGAAAAGAUAAUCGACCAAUAAGCACACAGACUUUAAGUCCAGGUCAGAAUAUAGGGGUACAAACAGAGGAUUUCGAAAUCGGGCUCGGCAGGAGACAGCAAGAAGCACGGCCCGGGCACUCCAAAACGCAAACACCAUCGAUCAGCCAGCUCCCAGCUCCUCAUUGAGUCGCUGAAUGAAGUAACGGGCAUCGCUGAAAGAGUACGUUUGAGAUCGGAGAGCAUGUUAAGCUGCCUUGACUUACACAUAUCCGUCCAUGAAAACAUCAACAAAUAGUGGAGAAUUUCCCUUUCUUCACAGAUUGCAUGAUGUUGCCUUUCUAUUUGUGGAACAUAAUGUUAAAAAAAUAUAUAUUUUUUAUCAUUCCUUUUGUAGCUUCUUGGGCUAUAAGCUCUUUAAGAUUCUGGAGAUGUGGAGCCAAUUUAACUGAGGUUUGGAUUUUUUUUUGUUGUGUCAAAAGGACUUCCAAAUAGAAUAUUAAAGCUGGCAAGAGAUAAUUUGUAUAGUAAUCUCAUUUUAUGAUUUUCUUUGAUGAGAGAUCUUAUGAAGAGGAAGAUUUUGGUAAAAUGCAGAUCUGGUAGAAUUAUGCAUCUGAUAUAACUAUGCUUUUUUCUAUAUAUAGAUAUUACGUUGUCUCAUACCAGUUGUUUUUACAGUACCUGUCUUUUGUUUGUCUCAUAGAUGUGUAAGACUAUUUCACAUUGUUUUAGCAGAUUGCUUAGAAUGGUGAAAUGCUGUGAAAAAAAAUACUGAAAUUGUUGAAGAUUAUGAAAAAGAUGUAAAGUGAAAAAAAAAAAAUAUAGUAAACUUAGUGCAUUUUCCCGAUAACCAAAGGCACUCGUACAAAUCCUGUCAGCACAGUAUUUUAGAAUGUAGGAUAUAG